UGAAACGACACCGUUGCAGUUGUUCCCUUAGCUCUGAGCAUUUUCAGAUUCUGGAAGUGGCGGCGAAGGCUACAUAGCGUUCUGCAUUCAGGCUCAUCACAGCAACAAUGGCAACUUCGAAGGUUUUGUGCAGAUUAUCAUGCCGGUUACAGGCUCUUGCUCACAGCAAGGUAACCAAACCAUCACUCUCUCUGCGACGCGUUUCUCUCAUUUCCCGGUUACCGGUGGAGUUGGGUAGCAUGGAGUCGCUGAUGCCGUUGCAUAGUGCGGUGGCUUCAUCUCGAUUAGUAUCAAGCUUGUCCAUUGAAUCUCUUGGCUGGGGAUUAGUUCCACAAGGUAUUUCCAUGCCUUUAUGAUGGUGUAUGUCUGCAGUAAGUUCUCAUUCAAGGCAGCAUUUCCAUUUGAUGACAGACAGGAGGGGUCAUGUGAUGUUUUCAUUCUGAAUUCUGAUCGAAUCUUGAAGCUUUUUGACAUAGGAUCCCUCAUUUGAUAUCUUUGAGGAACAUUAAGUGUAACUGAUGUUGCUUACUCAUUCAGUUGAUUCCUUUUAUCUUCA